GCUGAAUGCCCGCCCGCGCCUGCGGACAUUCACAGCCCCGCGGCACAAUCGCCGCCUUCUUCGCGAGCUCAAAGCUGCGCCUCUGUGUCGGGGCUCACUGGCCUGUGCACAAUCUCGCACCUGCAGGCCUCUUCCAGAAGGCGAUCAUCCAGAGCGGGACGGCGCUGUCCAGCUGGGCGGUCAACUACCAGCCUGCCAAGUACACGCGCAUCCUGGCCGAUAAGGUGGGCUGCAACAUGCUGGACACCAUGGACAUGGUGGACUGCCUGCGCAGCAAGAACGCCAAGGAGCUCAUCCAGCAGGCCAUCACGCCCGCCACCUACCACAUCGCCUUCGGGCCGGUCAUCGACGGCGACGUCAUCCCCGACGACCCGCAGAUCCUCAUGGAGCAGGGCGAGUUCCUCAACUACGACAUCAUGCUGGGCGUGAACCAGGGCGAGGGCCUCAAGUUCGUGGACGGCAUCGUGGACAACGAGGACGGCGUGACCUCCAACGACUUCGACUUCUCCGUGUCCAACUUCGUGGACAACCUGUACGGCUACCCCGAGGGCAAGGACACGCUGCGGGAGACCAUCAAGUUCAUGUACACGGACUGGGCCGACAAGGAGAACCCCGAGACGCGCCGCAAGACGCUGGUGGCCCUGUUCACCGACCACCAGUGGGUGGCGCCCGCCGUGGCCACGGCCGACCUCCACGCCCAGUACGGCUCCCCCACCUACUUCUACGCCUUCUACCACCACUGCCAGAGCGAGAUGAAGCCCAGCUGGGCCGACUCGGCCCACGGCGACGAGGUGCCGUACGUCUUCGGCAUCCCCAUGAUCGGCCCCACCGACCUCUUCAGCUGCAACUUCUCCAAGAACGACGUGAUGCUCAGCGCGGUGGUCAUGACGUACUGGACCAACUUCGCCAAGACCGGCGACCCCAACCAGCCCGUCCCUCAAGACACCAAGUUCAUUCACACGAAGCCCAACCGCUUCGAGGAGGUGGCCUGGUCCAAGUACAACCCCAAAGACCAGCUGUAUCUGCACAUCGGCCUCAAGCCCCGCGUCCGAGACCACUACCGGGCCACCAAGGUGGCCUUCUGGCUGGAGCUGGUGCCUCACCUGCACAACCUCAACGAGAUCUUCCAGUACGUGUCCACCACCACCAAGGUGCCCCCGCCGGACAUGACCUCCUUCCCCUACGGCACCCGGCGGUCCCCGGCCAAGAUCUGGCCCACCACCAAGCGCCCGGCCAUCACGCCGGCCAACAGCCCCAAGCACGCCAAGGACCCCCACAGGCCGGGCCCGGAGGACACCACCGUGCUCAUCGAGACCAAGCGCGACUACUCCACGGAGCUGAGCGUCACCAUCGCCGUCGGGGCGUCCCUGCUGUUCCUCAACAUCUUGGCCUUCGCCGCCCUCUACUACAAGAAGGACAAGCGGCGCCACGACUCCCACCGGCGCCCCAGCCCGCAACGCAACACCAGCAACGACAUCGCGCACCUGCAGAACGAGGACAUCAUGUCCCUGCAGAUGAAGCAGCUGGACCAGGACCACGACUGCGAGUCGCUGCAGGCCCACGACACGCUGCGGCUCACGUGCCCGCCGGAUUACACGCUCACGCUGCGGCGCUCGCCCGACGACAUCCCGCUCAUGACGCCCAACACCAUCACCAUGAUCCCCAACACGCUGACGGGCAUGCAGCCGCUGCACACCUUCAACACCUUCAGCGGCGGCCAGAACAGCACCAACCUCCCGCACGGACACUCCACCACGCGGGUAUAGCC